UUUCUUGGAAUUGUUUUAAUAUCUUACAAAAUUUUACAAAUUCAUUAUCAUUCGUCAAUUGAAACUCUUUAUUUUCUCCUACUUUUAGAAAAAAAAUAAAUUGAAAAGAUUAUUCGGAAUGUUCUUAUAAAUCGAUUGUGAUAGAAUCGAUACGUAAAUGCUCAACGGAAACGAGUAUAGCCAAAGGCUAAACCCGGUAGCUUGUAGUGUGUCAUCCAAUGUUUAUAUGUAUCAACAGACUCUUUAUUUCUUAAAAACUUUAAAAGUGUACUCAGGAAUUCAAAAUCCCAUCUAUAUAGCACAAGAUAUCGUCUUCGGACUUUUUAAAAUUUACAACCUUAUUGACUGAUAAUUUACGAAAUCCCAAGACUCACUUUAAAUUCGACUAUUUACAAUGGAAGUUGAUGAUGAAAUGCUUCCUCAAGAUGAGGUUGAAGAUGCAACAGCAGCGGAACAUGAACAAAGUUUUGAAGAAAUAAAUGAAGAAGAUCAAACCUUAGAAGACAGUCAACUAGAUGACAAUGAGGUGUCUCAAGACCUCUCUCUAGCCAGCCAAAGUUCACAUGAAUGUGCAAAUGAUUCAAGUGUUGCAUAUUCAAAUAUAUUAGACAGGUCCACAGCCUCAAACACUCCAGGAGCAGAUGAAGAAGAAAACCUUGAUGGUGCUGUGGGUGGUAGACGGAAAUACAAACGAAAAGUGUAUGAUUUAAAUGCCACCAGAGAAAAGCUCCCACGUCGUGCCAAAGAUAUUCCAUUUGAAGCUGAUCCAGAUUUUGUUAAAGUACCCCCACCAGCUCAGCAAAGCAGAGGGAGAGGCAGAGGUCGUGGUCGAAAAAAACUACCGGUUCCCGAGUUGCUUGACACCAGUGCACAAUCAGUUGGAGAGAAUAUUGAGCCUGUAUUCAACACUCCGACAAGGGGACGCGGUCGUCCGUCGACCUCUACCGGUAGAGGACGUGGACGUGGACGAACUCCCAAAACUCCACGUGGGGCUGCCCGACCAAGACUCCCAAAGUUCCAAGUUUUAGAAGAAGAUACUAGAAUGAGUGUAGAAAACUCUUUUAGUGGAUCAGCAACGUUCAGUUCUCUCGUUCAGAGUGCAAAUGAAUCUCCGUGGAAAACAUUGAGUACCUCAAGCGCAAAAAAGAAACUGGGCACUCGUGAAAUCUUUGAUGCCAGUUCGCAAACACCAAUUACAGCUGCACAACUAGUGGAAUACGCUUGGCCGUGUGAGGAUACGAAUGCCGAACUGUGGAUGGUACAAGAGCAAGUAGUCAACUAUUUGUCAAUUAAAGGAAACUUCAAAAGAAAAUAUCCAGAUAUGAAGCGUCGAGCAGUUGAAAUGGUGGAACGGGAUUGGCUUCGGGAACGAAACGCAGUUAGUGAAACGCAAGCUAAUCUCGGACUUACUGCAUUGUUGAGUUGUGAGGUGCUUGAUCUCUUUUUCAACUUUUUCCCUGAAAAAUACGAAGAAUAUUUAGCUGCUCAAAGCGAAAAGAAGGAACAAGCUUACAAGUCAAAGACGAAAGGAACUACUCCAGUGGCCACUCCGGCUGCACCAGCCGAGAAAAAGUCAUUCGAUCCACGUCAGCGGGCUAUAAAAGCUGCGGCUAAGUGGAAUGUUAUGUUCAACAAGGAGCGUGUUGAAGAACGAUUGCAUUGUCUCGACUUACAGACCUUUACAGUUCAAAUUCCAAGGAGGGCGGCUGCGCUCAAGCCAGUCAAUGCUCCUUCGGAUCCUUAUCCAGUAGCAGUGAUUCCUGGGCAAUUUUCCUCUUUCUUUAAGACUUAUAGCCCUUACCAGCUCAAUUGUUUACCAAUUGGUACAGUUAUGAGAGGACCACUGGUUGGUCAGCCAGACAUUUCUCAGAGGCGGAAAAGGCGGCCGACGAACGGGUCUUCCACCAGAGCCGAUUCCGCUGCUGCAAGUCAGACGGAAUCAGAUGAUUCUAGUUCCUCGUCAGAUGAUUCCAGCUCUGAUUCCAGUGACGAUGAUACCUCAAGUUCCAGCGAAGAUGAUGACGACGAUUCAGACGAUGAAGAUCGCCCUCAGUACCUUGGACAGCCCGGCAUGUGUAAAAUUUGUCGAGGUGAUAGACGGCGGAACAAAACAGGACAUCCCGAGCCUCUCGUCCGUUGCGCCAAAUGCCAAGCUGAUGGUCAUUUAACUUGCUGGAAUUUGGACAUAAGUAUGAUGCCUCAAGUAGCCGCCUAUUCGUGGGAAUGUAACGAUUGCAAGACUUGCGAUCAAUGCCAUGAUCCAGCUGACGAAGAGAAAAUGUUGUUCUGCGAUUUUUGUGAUCGAGGAUAUCACACAUAUUGUGUCGGAUUGCGCAGCAUACCAGAAGGGCGGUGGAAUUGUCCAUUUCGUUCCUGUACUGACAAAGCCCAGGCCAAAUUAAGGAAAAAGUGAAAAAAUAUCAAACGAAAAUAUUGCACGUGUCGUCGUAUAAAAAUUGAUUUUUGAAAUAAAAUAUACUGUCAUUUUUUCAA